CAAUGGGAAUGUGUUGAAAGUAAACGGUUAUAUAUCCCCUCCUCGAUUUCGGUAACUGUUUUACCGACUAGGGUCCGCUACCUAAGACCCGUCAAUUUCAUUUGAACCGUCGUAUAAACCGAUUUGUGAGUUAUAGGAUGGACGCGCUAAGCAUCGAAGAAAAAGUGUUUCUCAUCGAGUGCUUCUAUAGUAGAGGCAAAAACUAUAGUCAAGCGUAUCGUGGAUUCCGUAGUAAAUAUGGAUCUAAAAAAGUUUCAAGCGAAACAAUACUCAGAAGGAUUAUUGAUAAUUUUGGUAUGUAUGGCACUUUGAACGAUCGUAGACAUGAUUUACCUGGUCCAUCUCGUACCGUUACAACGGACGAAACAAUUGAUGACGUUAGAAAUUAUUUUGACAAAAAUUCAAACACCUCGAUUAGGAAAGCUGCUCAGGUUUUGGAUUUAAAGCGAGAAACUCUCCGAAAAAUAAUGAGAGACGUCAUUAAACUGCAUCCCUACAAAAUCACUACACAUCAAUUGCUGACGGAGAAAGCGAUGGAAAAACAAGUUGAGUUUUGUAAGGGGAGGUCGGAUGCCCCAGUGGUCGGCGUAUUCAGAGGUAUUGUCCCUGCCUCUAAUACGUCGUCAUCAAGCAAAGGGCUGGCUGAGUUGUUGGUGACGAGCGAUUCAGCGAAACCAGUUAUCGUCUCUAAUGAAGAAGUAAACUACGAAAUAAGAGAACAACCAGGAAUGAGUACAAUUGGAAAAGCCUGGAAUGAUCAAGAAACAGAAAAUAAUGGGUUUUUACCUUCAAGUAUCUUACAGGUACAGUUACAGGAACAGGAACAGACAUAUAGACCCGAUAUUAAUAUGGACAUUGGAGCCUCGCCAGGAAUACUACCGGAGGUCACUAUCACUCCAGUUACAAGAGCCAAGAUAAUACCUAAAAAAAAGGUUCAAAGCAGUAAGACAGAGGAACAUAAAAUGAUAGAUUAUAUGGACCUCACAGCAAACUCAGAUAAUGCCAGUGUAGGUAAUGAAAGUGCAGCCUCAUCCAGGAAAACUGCAAAAUCAGGUUCGAGCUGUAAACAAAAGAAAAUUGCCAAAAAAAGGAAAUGUAGAAAAACCAUGGAAAAUUCCUCUUCUGAGGAAGAGGGAGCAACAAGAGGAGGUUUAGACCUUAACUAUGACCAGCGAUUGGAGGCGGGAUGCAAACUGGCUGAGCUGGCAGAUAGUUCUACUGCUGAAAUAUUGGCCGAGGUAACAGGAUGGCUGAAAGAAGUCGAUGAGUCACGAGCUAAGUCCAAAAACUUGAAGGGUAACCUGGACAGGAAAAUAAAAGUAAAUACACAUGCAACUAUGGAAGCAAUAGAUCUACUUGCUAAAAGAGCAAUACACAGUGGAGAUACAAAAUACCUACAAGAAAAAGUAAAUAAACUAGGAAAAGAGAUAACUCUUAUCAAGCAUGAAAAUGAAUUGCUGAAAAAGAGAUUGAACCAAAUAAUGGCUACUGAAAAGGAGAUUCUCUCUUCUCCUACUAAGGACAUGGAAUCUAUCUCUCACGAUAAAGAGGUCAGCUAUCCCAUAGUAGAAGAGAUGUACGUUCCACUGGCAAUAAGACCUCCGGUUAAAGGAGUAUCUAAAGUAAUAGAUGAAGGUAAGAUACUCAGAAACAGAGUAAUAAAAGGUGGUAAGUUACAAUUCGAACAGGAGGUUGUCUUGGAAAAUAUCCCUCCUAUGACAACAGUAACAGGUACGAGAGGCCAGGAUCAAACAUGUGAGAUUCUUACUGCGAUUAAUGGUCUAACAAUGGUAGUACAGAAUUUAGUUCAAUUACAAUACAAAGGAACUAUAGGAAACAAAGAAGAAAAGGUACUUCUAGAACAAAAUAAAAGGGCGGAGAUACUAGAUAAAAAUAAAAAGAGAACAAAAAAUAAAUCACUAAAAGACAAUACAAUACUUACCCAGAAGAGGACUGGAAUCACUGCUACGAAGUCAUCAGGGGUGGCGACAAGUGCUGAUCCAACUGUGACUGCAACUGCUGCUCCAUCUGCUGACAAGUCUACUGCACCUGAAACAGAAAAAAGAGUUAAUACAAAAGAAAUGGAAAUAGGAAAGAACGAUACUCAACAACAAAACCUGCCAUGGAAUAAAGUUGUUGGUAGGAAGGCAAGGAAAGGGAGGAAAGAGGAAAAGACCUUGCAGAAUAUUCCACCACCUAUAAGGAAAGGAAAGGAAAAGUCUAUGCUAAAAAGUAAGGAAAGAAGGCUAAUGCGUACUUCCGCAGUUACCAUCACACGCAUAAAAGGAAAUACCGCGUACUCGGAAAUCCUUAAAGAGGCACAAGCAGCGAUAGAUUUAAAUGAGCUAGGAAUUACAGAUAUAAAAACGAUUCCUUCAUAUACAGGAGGAAUGGUAAUUGAGAUUCCAGGAGAAGAAUCUAAAGAGAAGGCUAAUAUACUAGCUGAAAGAUUGCGGAAAGUAUUCGAAGAAAGGGAGGAAAUUAAAAUCGGGCGUCCCACCCAAAAAAUGGACCUGAGGAUAUCAGAGCUUGAUGAGUCUGCAACAUCUGAGGGGAUAAGCCAAAUAGCGGCAACAGUAGGCGGAUGUCACAAAGAUGACAUACGCUGUGGUCCUAUUAGGCGCUAUAAAAGAGGAAUGGGAUCAAUUUGGCUACAAAUGCCUGCAAUAGCAGCUAUUAAAUUAGCCAAAGAAGCAAAAAUACGAGUAGGAUGGACGACAGCCAAAGUAGAGGUUCUUCAAAAAAGGCCUCUACAAUGUUACAGAUGCCUCGCUAGGGGACACACGCGUAACAGGUGUCCCCCGGAGAAUAUAGAUAGGUCCUCCCACUGUUACAAUUGCGGAGAAAUAGACCACAAGGCGGAAGCUUGUACAAGAAAAGUCAGCUGCCUAAUAUGUAAGAGCAAAGGACUUAAAGACGGUCACAAGGUGGGCAGCCCUGAAUGUCCACCUUGCCCUCCAUCUAAAUGGAGGCCAAAUGAGUCGAAGCUAACGGUACAAUAG